UGCACUGCCGUCUGUUUCCUGCAUUCUCAGCUCAGCUCUAACACAGAUAUGAUCACCUAGAGAUCCUGCGAGUAUGGCCAGAAGCUCCGACCUCUAUAUCCUCUUGUUCCCUCUCUACUGGCAAGUUUUUACAGAUGCCGCACUGAGCAUCAUUCAGACUCCUAAGAAUUUAUCGGUUACAAAGGGAGACAAUGUCUGUAUAACUUGCUCCUGGGAAGCUGAGGAUCAGGAUGAGAGGAUCAGAGUCUGGUGGAAAGUAUAUUAUGAAUCAGCGAGUGCAGCUCAUAAUGGGACAGUUUUAGCAUCGGUUAUGUGGAUAAACAAUAAAACGGAGGUCAGAAUAAGAUCUCGGGAUCAGAGUGACUAUCAGUUAACCAAGGAUAAAGCCCAGCUCUGGCUUUUCUCUGUCGAUGAGAGCGAUGCAGGAAAUUAUAUUUGUGAGGUCAUCAUUGAUAAACCAGAACAUCGAUCUGGAAAAGGAAAAGGCACAACAUUAUAUGUCAUUGACUCCUCGUCCUCUCCUGGGUUAGCUUAUUUGGCCAUGUUUAUCAUCAUUCCUGCUGUGAUAUUGUUGGGAUAUUUCCUGUACAAAAGAAGAAAGCAAGAAAAAAUACAUCUUUUAAAUCAAAGAGCACCAGAAGCUGUGGAACUGAAUGAAAUGAAUGAAAAUGUGAAUGACGGGGAGGACAGUUCUUCAUCAAAUUCUGUGACAUGGGCCAUUUCAACACUUUAUGAAUCUUGUGACUAUUUUGCAAUGAAAAUUCCUGAGACUCCAGAAGAGCCUGUUUACAGCCUGGCUACGUAAUUAUUCGGCAAGAGACUUUCCCACUGUAAAUUCUUGGAAUUUAACUUUUGAUGCAAGAUAAUUAUUCCUGAGCAUGAAGAUGGUAGUCAGAUCAGUGUUAGUGGAGUCAUGAAGCAAAAUUGUAGCCCAUUUUAAUGGUUUUAGCAGUUUCUUUAAAAAACAAGAUGGCGCAAAUUACUCAAAUUCCCAUAAGGAAUAAGAAUAUUAUGUUAAUAGAAUAUCUGCAGAAGAUGAUACACCCUCCUCUGUCGUUUAUCUUGAAACGCCUUCAUUCCACCCGCCGGGCAAUUUAUCUUGGUGACUUCUGAGGCCUUUAAUGAACUUCAAAAGUCUGAAUUGCACGGACGGUAUCUGACAUACUGGAAAGAAUGGACUGAAUCUCUUCUGGACCUUUUAACUAAUGGAAUGAGACAUCUGAAAAUGGGCAUGUGGACGAAUGAGGAAAAUCACAUAAUUAUGUGAAAGGACACAGUGUGCUGAGGAAUUGUGUAUUUUUGCUUUUAAAGGGAGGUUUCAGAGUACUAUUGGAUUUACUCUGCUAUUG